AUGUCCCUGAAUCAGAUGCAAAUCAAGCAGGAGCUCACCCUCCCCCCCGGGCUGAGCAAGAGCAUCCCCCAGCCGAGCCCUGCGCCCGUGCCCUGCCCCGAGCCGUGCCCGCAGCAGCAUCCCGAGCUCCAGGACCCCACACCCCGCCCGGACCCAGCCCCGGCGGUGGCGACGUGCCCAGAAAAAGCCGUGCCCUUGCCAAACCAGGAGCCGGGCAAAGGAGAAGCCCCCGCGGUCGUGGUGCCCCAGUGCCCAGCCCAGGAGCAGCAGCAGCAGCAGAGCAAGUGCCCUCCACCCUUCCCAGCCGAGGCUCUGCCGUGCCCAGAGGAGAAACCAGCCUGCCAAGAGCCGCCCGUGUCCCGCCCUGACCCAGCCCCGUGUGGGCUGGAGAAGCAGCAGUGCCAGGAGAGCCCCGUGCCAGUCCCUGGGACCCGCUCCGAGGCUGCAGCCUGUGCCCAGGAGAAGCAGCAGAUCAAGGAGCUCCCCGUGCCCGUCCCUGUCCCACUGCCUGACCCCACACCGUGCCCUCAGGAGAAACAGGAGAUCAAGGAGACCCCUGUGCCCAUCCCUGUCCCACUGCCUGACCCCACACCGUGCCCUCAGGAGAAACAGGAGAUCAAGGAGACCCCUGUGCCCAUCCCUGUCCCGCUGCCUGACCCCACACCGUGCCCUCAGGAGAAGCAGGAGAUCAAGGAGCUCCCUGUGCCCACCCCGUGUCCCCAGGAGGAGCAGGAGAUCAAGGAGACCCCCGUGCCCAUCCCUGUCCCGCUGCCCGACCCCAGCCCGUGUCCCCAGCAGAAGCAGGAGAUCAAGGAGCUCCCCGUGCCCACCCCGUGCCCUCAGGAGAAGCAGGAGUGCCAGGACACCCCGGCGCCAGUGCCAGCUCCCUGUCCCGACCCCGAGCAGUUCUCCCUUCCCGAGAAAGCCCCUCCCGUGGAGCAGCAGCAGCUCAAACAGCCCAACCCGUGGCCUCCCGCCCAGAAGUAA